GAACAGUGAAAGAGAAUCGAAACCGCAGCAAACAUAAUCUGACAAAAUGAAAGAGUCUUCAGGAAUAUUUGGAUUGAUCAGUUGUGUUUAUUUGCUCCUUUGUUUUCUUGUUGUACACUCAGAAAGACAUAAAGGGACGUGGUCGUCAGGGAAUUUUCUCAAGUUUGUGUCAAAAUUCGGUGUCCAGAAAACCGACUUGAAAAAUGAAGACGCGACACAAGGAUUCUUUUACGGAAAUAUAACAACGAAUAGCAAUUCAUCAAACUCGUUAACACUAGUUGUUGUUGACAGUGAAUACUUCUCUCAUAUUUUUGGAAAUGUUAUUUUAAAAUUAAACAAACAACAUAAAACCAACAUUUGUAAAUCUAUGUUUAAAAAAAUUGAUGAAGUGGCAUUUGAUAAAGACUGCAAACCAAAAGGGACAGAAGACUACCUUCGAAGAGUUCCAUGUCCUAAAAAUAAACUUUGUCUUGAUGAAGACACUCCAUCAAAUGUAGUUCCAAACUAUCAAUUUACAUAUAAAAUAAUGGAUAAACAAAUACCAAGGUUUUGGUACAUGAGUAUAGUUGCCUGCUACAGAAAUACGACCAAUAAAAACUGUUCCUGGGUCAGUUCUGAUGAUGACAUCACAAUAGAUUAUGACAUCUGGUUGGUUAACGGUGACCCCAUUUACAAGAAAUGGAACCCAGUGGAACAUCAGUUUUCGUUUGAGGAACACGAUAUUUUUGAAACCUUUUUGGGUUUCCUCGGUGUGUACAUUAUCAUAGUGCCCUUCUGGUUCUAUGUUUAUUCCAAACAGAGGCAUUCUCUCACAAAGUUUUUGCUGCUCAUCACAUGCACGGAAGCAUUUGGAAUAUUUUGUAACUUUAUUCAUGUAGCCGUAUUUGCCUCCAAUGGAGUAGGGGUGUAUUGGAUUGCCGUUUUAGGUAAUGCUAUAGACACGGUGGCUCAGUGUUUGUUUAUGCUGAGUCUGUUACUUCUUGCCAAGGGUUGGAUGAUCACCCAGCCCACCAUUCGGGGGAAGAAGGUCGUCUUCUCUCUGUGGGGGAUCUACACACUGCUCAACUGUGUCCUGUUCCUGUGGAACCUGUUUGAGGUGGAUGUCAUUUCUAACAAGGAUGAGUGGCAGACCUGGCCGGGGUACCUGAUCUGUGGAUUCCGGAUUGUUAUUAUGAUCUGGUUUAUCGUAGAACUAAGACACACCUUCCUGUCCAGCCGGUGUCCGGAGACUCGACUACAGUUCCUCCAGCAGUUCGGAGCCUACUUCUUAGUCUGGUUUAUCUAUCUUCCAGUUUUAGUGAUCCUCAACACACAGUUCUCCGCUCUGUGGAAGAAAAAAAUAAUGCUUUGUAUAACAAAUGGAGCAGACCUCCUCUCUUACUUAAUUCUUCUUCACUUAUUGUGGCCAUCACGGUCCAUUCUAUACCUCCUCAAAGGAGAAGAUCCGAUACCAUACGACCUUCUAAUCACAGGUGUUUUAGAUGAGGAUCAAGAUGAUAAAACUAUAUUUAAAAGAAAAAAGAAAACUAAAUUAAAUGGUCAACUGAGAAGAGAGCCCAACCACAACACAAUAAAGAAUGGCUUCCAUAAAUCACCCAAUUACACGGACGAGAAGCGGCUAGCCUUACUGCCUGAGGAAGAGGAAGAGGAGGAGUUAUAACAACUGCAAAGGAUGCUGGGUAAAAAAGGUUAUAAUAAUCUCUGAGGAAGAAGUUAAAACUGCAGCAAAGGAUGCUGGGUAAAAGAGGCUGUGCGAGCAAGGGAGUUAUAACUGGAGCAGGAGACACUUGGAAUACAUCGAAUAACUAAACAUUAAACAGUGGGUGAUUCAGAGAGGAAAAGUCUUUCAUUUUGAUUCAUUAACUUAUUUUAAGUCUGUCUCUACCAUAACAGGCCAUCUAGAUUGUGGACUUGAGGUUAGGUGGGUUUUAUUUACUUGUAGAGUAUAAUCAGCAAAGCUGACAUUAGACCCGUGUCGGAUGAAGUGUUUAUAACAAUUUACAUGAAAUAUUUCCUUCUCUUGCUGUCCCUGAGUGUUUUUGUCAUAAAGAAAUUACUUUUUAUUUUCAUGUCAAAACUGCUCAUAUUUAUAGAUCUCACAUUCCACUGUGAAUCAUAGUUGACUUUCGUCUUGUCUAUUUUUUAGGAGGACAUUAUUUCACAUAUCAGAUUUAAAUUGAAAAUUUUCCGUUAUUGCAUAAUUGAAGAAAAUCUCAGAUUUUCAUAUAUUUGUCACGUUUUAAUUCUGAGAAGUAUGUACAUCUGUAUAACUUUUAGAUGGUUUAAUAUGCAUUUGAUCUAUGAACUGAAUUUAUUUAAGCUGCUUAAACCAAAUUAAAAGGAUCUAGAAAGGAUACUGGUUUUAGUUACACUGUCAAAUAAAUAUACAUGUACCCCGGUAC